ACAGUUCGGUUCCCGUCUCCGUCUGUCUGAGCCGGUCCCCUGGUCCCGGUCCCCUGGUCCCGGUCCCCUGGUCCCGGUCCCCUGGUCCCGGUCCCCUGGUCCCGGCCCCCCCUCCACCCCCACCACCAUGCCGGACCCCCGGCUGUGCCUGGAGGCCCUGUCCGCCCUCCUGAGCCCCUGCUCGGUUGAGUCCACCCCGGGUUCGUCCCAGCUCAGUCCGCAGGACCUGGUCAACAUCGUGGCCCUGAAGGAGUUCCUGAAGCAGCAGGGCUUCCUGGAGCUGGACUACCCCAGCCUGGGCACCAUGUCCCUGCAGGACCCGGACCCGGACCCGGACCAGGACCUGUACGGACCCCCCCCGGCCCUGACAGAAGGGGCCCCGCCCGGACCGAGGACCACCGUCAAGAUCAACCCCCAGGACUUUUUCCACCCGAGCUUCGACUACGACUUCACCCACAUCAAGGAUGGCAACAGGACGUUCGUACGCGGUGACGAGCGGUACGUCCGUCCCUGCGGUUGGAAUCGCAUCGCCCUGUUCGUCACGCGUAAGUACGAUGACGGCAACGACUCGUGGCUCGGGACGGGGAAGGACGCCUGGCCCGUGUCCUACCAAGGACACAACAUGGACGGAUCCCUGGGCAUCAUCCUGACCCACAGCAAAGACACCGACGACGAGCCGGGCUUCCUGGACGCCGCCGCCGCCUCGCUGGUGUCCGACCAGACCAAAGGCCGCGGCGUCUACUCCACUCCGGACAUCAAGAUGGCCGAGAAGUACUGCAAGACGUUCAAGUCCAAGGUGGACGGGAAGACCUACAAAGUGGUCCUGCAGAACCGGAUCAACCCCCAGAAGAGGAGGAAGUGCCAGAGGGACAACAUGUGGUUGGUGUACGUCCCUGAAGGCCUCACGGAGAUCGAGACCAGGGCGCUCAUCCAGGAGUCCAUCCGACCCUAUGGCGUGCUGAUCAAAGAGGUCUGACCGAGCUCACCAGAGGGUCCUCGAACGCAGCAGCAGAGUCACGAUAAAUCAGUUUUAAAAAUGGAUAAAAGGCGUUUAAAUCAAGGGAAAUAAAAGGAUUCAUAUUUACUGUCAUUCUAUUUACAGAUGCAGGGUUAAAGUCUAGUAGUAAAAGACAGAUUCAGGGGUUUAGAUCGAACUGAGAACCUGGUUUCAGAUAAAUGUACAAGGACACGGGAAUUUUUACCGAUUUUUACCAAUUUGUAGGAUUUUAGCUUUUAAGAGCGAAAAGUUAAAGGUUUUCUUACUUUAUUAUCCCUGUUGGAAAACUGUAUGUUACCCUUUCAUUAGCAUUAGCAUUAGCAUUAGCACACAUUAGUGUUAGUGAGCUGCUGUUGAAGGCGUUCAGGGACCAGCUCCAGCUCUCUGUCAGUCAUUAGGAGCAGAAGUAUCACAUGCAGCAUGAUUUACAGAUGAUGGUUUACCCACAGCCUGUGUUCACCUCUGACAGGACCGACAGUUUGAACGGCUAAGAACCGAAAACUGGAGCUAGAAGAAGAGAGUUUAGGAAGACAAUAUGAGAAGAGAACCGCUACAGAACAGGUUCUGGUUCUGAGAUAAAGACAUGAGGUGAUGUUUCCAGAUGUUCAGGUCUGGGAAAAUGAGUAAACAUAUGAAAUACAGUAAAUAUAUGAAGUUCUCAGGCUGUUUUUAGCUGAUACCAGGGACGCCAAGACAUUUAUCUGAAAAGUGAUGAUUGUUUGGAUCUGAGUCUUUGAGUUUGGGUCUAGAACACAGGUGUCAAACAUGCGGCCCAGGGGCCAAAUCCAGCCCACCAAAGGGUUCAGUCCGGCCCCCUGUGAUGAAUUUGUGAAAUGCAAAAAAUACACUAAGAUAUGAACAAUCCUUUU